CCCUCUGAAGAUGCUGCUUCUUGAUCGCUGGGCCUUCUGCCUCUCGCUUCUCCUGCUCCUGGUUGCGCCCUCCUCUGGGUUUUUCGGCUGGCUCACUCGAAGUGGAACCCCAGAAAAAGCCCCUGUGCCCCCCGCACCCCCUCCGGACCCAGCUCACCUGUCCCAUGUGCCUUUUGAGAUGACCACGGCAGAUGAGAGGUUCUUAGCCGAGGCCCGGCGGCUGGAUCUCUCGCCCCUGGACUCCUGCCACCAUAAGGUGGUUGCACAGCUUCGGUCGUCUUGCACGGACCUGACGGAAGAGGAGCUGGCCAAGCUGGGCGUCUCCCUGUUCAACUGCCAGGCCAGCGUUGAAGGACGUAGGACUUACCUGUGCACUGCCGACAUGACUCUAGCAGAAUGCACCGCGGGGAUGGAUCCAGACACCUGGAACGCCUACCACAUCGUGAGCAACCGAGCCCGGGCUGUCUGCUAUGCCACCCGUCAGAUGCAGUUCAAGCGCCGAGCGGAGCACACCGUCAACGCCUUGGUCUCCACUGCCGUCAGCCAGCUGGAAGCGAUGAAAAUUCUUAAGAGCGGGCAGGAGGAGCUGAAGGAGCUGACGUCGGAAUCGCUGCAGAAAGUGGCCACCAGCCAGGAGGCGAUCCUGGCCCAGCAGGAGAAGUUGCAAGGCAGCCAAGUGCAGAUGGAGGAAUCCAUCCAUGACAACCUGGACCAACUGGUUCGGGAGAAGGCUCUCAUUGCCAGUGGGCAACAGCAGGUGGCAGAACUGAUCGAGGGCAUCACAAAGAGGAUGGAAAACGUGAGCCGUCACCUAGAUCAGCAGGACCUGGAGCUGCAAGAAGGUCACAGGGCCAUCCUUGAGGACCUGUCCCAGGUGCAGAGGCGAGCUCAAGAAGUCUACUCCAAGACAGAGACCAACCUGGGCUUGUUCGCGGCCUACCAGAACCAGACGGCCUUGUAUUAUGAGGAGUUGAUGCAGAAGCUCCAGAAGAUGAACCAGAGUCUGGGAGUGUUGCUGAACGCCAUGGACCGGAUGCAAGCGAGUGUGGAAGGGCAGCUGCAACACAUCCGGAGGUUCAUCAGCUGGGCAGGGUUCAGCCUCAGCUCCAUCUAUACCUGUGUCCUACACGGCAGCUAUUUCCUCCUGGCAGCCCUCAUCAUGACCUUCCUGCAGAUUCCUGGGCUCCCGCGUGCCACGCUGCUAGUCCUCGUCGUGGCCAACGCCCUGUCUGAGCUGAACCAGGCCGUCUCCUUGGGCUUCAAGUCGCUCACCUGCCUCUUAAUCUUGACUGUCGCAGGCAAGCAUGAAGUCUAUGCAACCCAGCAUGUUGGUGUUUAGCAUGUUGUCUUUUUUUUUUUAAGUCUUACAUUAUUGUCAGUUCUUCUUAUUCACGUUAUUAUUUCACUUACACACCGUUUGAUUGUUAAAAAC